AUGAACGGGCAGUACAUUCCAGUUCACGUGCAUUCUGUGGAUGGAUAUCUAGUUUCACGCUGGGAGAACACAACGGACGGAUUGGAAAUUGUCACUGACUACGUUACUGACCUUUUCAAUAUUGAUGUAUCAGAAGUCUGUGUAUCUAAAGAUGCAAUUAACAUCAUUGAAUGGGCGAUCAUAAGACAAAAGACACCAUUGGAAAGUGUCACUGUCUGCUGCGUUACAUCAUCAGAAGAAGAACUGAUUUAUAUUUUGAGGGAUUGUCGGUGUUCAGCUCAAACACAAAUCUACUCAUAUGCUCCACCCCAUUUCCGUUUCUCGGAAAACUUACGAAGAAUCGAUUUCUUAGAAAUUUGGCAUGGACAAUGGGUUACAAUUGACAACCUAUUGACAAUGGAUGGGAUCGAUAUUAUUCUGGGAUACUCUUAUCUAUCUAAUAGUGAUUUGAAUGUCUUCCUCCGACAUUGGCUGUCUGGAGGGUGCCCCCGAUUGAAGCUAUUCAGCGCCGAAAUUGGUUCCGUGAAUAUAUUUCAAGUACUUGCUGGUUUACUGCAUAACGCAGUUCUCGUGGUGGAUAGUCGUUACUACACCAGCCCAUUUGGAUAUAGCAGAACCUUGUCAGAUGGAUAUGACAUUCAACGUGCGGAUGGCGUGACAGCUACAGUAUGCAAACAGGGGAAUGAAAACGUAGUUAUUGCAGUUUGGCCAGAGACCACUCAUAAUUAUAAUUAA